GAUCGCUGGUGCAGAUGGGAGUUAUAGUGAAUGUCACGUGAAGUAAGUUCCACCAAUCAAAUGACAAGGAUCUGUACGUCAGUAAUAUAAUCAUUUAUACUGUAAUGUAAUCCUCAGGGAACAGUCAGGUCAGUCACAAUACUUCAUAUUCAAUAGACUCACAACUCACUGAAAUAAAUGGGCACUGUAUUUUCCUAUUGAUGUAAUAUCCCUCAAAGAAGAACUUAAUGAAGUUGCACUCAAUACCUUCAAUUUUUCAUCAAUUUACUGUUGCUCACAUAAUCAUUCUUUAUGUGUAAAACUAUUUAACUUGAGAGCGAGUGUGUCAGUACUAUUUUGAACUGGAACAUUACAAGCCAUGAUUUAAUAUUUGAUAUUAAGUUUUCAAUAAAAGACAAUCAAAAUUAAAGCAUAAAGUUCUACUGAAUGAGUUUGUUUAAUACCCUUUUUGAGAGUUUCACAAGAUGAUAAAAACCACAAGAUGAUGUUAACAAAAAGAACGACUGGUAUCAAUUCAUCACUGUUCCCAAGAAGUAUGUCAAAAAGCACAACAUUUUGUCAAAUCCGAUUUUGUACAAAUUACUUGUAUUCUCAUUUCCUCCAGUAUUUUCAUCAAGUUUUAGAAUGAGGCCAGACUCGCAUGCUGCAAGUUUUAGAAUGAGGCCAGACUCGCAUGCUGCAAGUUUUAGAAUGAGGCCAGACUCGCAUGCUGCAGGUUUUAGAAUGAGGCCAGACUCGCAUGCUGCAAGUUUUAGAAUGAGGCCAGACUCGCAUGCUGCAAGUUUUAGAAUGAGGCCAGACUCGCAUGCUGCAAGUUUUAGAAUGAGGCGAGACUCGCAUGCUGCAAGUUUUAGAAUGAGGCCAGACUCGCAUGCUGCAAGUUUUAGAAUGAGGCCAGACUCGCAUGCUGCAAGUUUUAGAAUGAGGCCAGACUCGCAUGCUGCAGGUUUUAGAAUGAGGCCAGACUCGCAUGCUGCAAGUUUUAGAAUGAGGCCAGACUCGCAUGCUGCAAGUUUUAGAAUGAGGCCAGACUCGCAUGCUGCAAGUUUUAGAAUGAGGCCAGACUCGCAUGCUGCAAGUUUUAGAAUGAGGCCAGACUCGCAUGCUGCAAGUUUUAGAAUGAGGCCAGAUUCGCAUGCUGCAAGUUUUAGAAUGAGGCCAGACUCGCAUGCUGCAAGUUUUAGAAUGAGGCCAGACUCGCAUGCUGCAGGUUUUAGAAUGAGGCCAGACUCGCAUGCUGCAAGUUUUAGAAUGAGGCCAGACUCGCAUGCUGCAGAUUUUGCAUUUAGUUUCCAGAGAUGCGUUAUCUGGAUGUUCAUUGAUUUGUAUGCAGCACUUAGCGCCAGAUAAUUUUGUUUUCCUUUUUCACAAAGUGACCUUUGUGUUUGAGGCAAAACCAGUUGCAAGAAUUAAACUGCGCCUAUAAAGUAUCUAAACACUU